AUGAAUUUUAAUAAAGUCGAUGAAUUUGCCAGGACAUUGAGGUAUGUUCAGUUUCCGGGAUAUUAUGUAUGGAAUGAUAAAAAUCGCAAAUGGAAUCGAAGAAAGCAUCCGUAUGGAUCAAUUGGGAGGAUACAUUAUGUCCCACCAUCACUUGGUGAUUGUUAUUACGUAAGGAUUUUACUGAAUCAUAUUAACGGACCAACCUGUUUUGAAGAUAUAAAAACAGUUGAUGGGCAGGUUUUUCAAACAUUUAAAGAUGCAUGUUUUGCACGGGGGCUGUUGGAUGAUGAUAAAGAAUAUGUUAAUGCUAUCAAAGAAGCUAGCACAUGGUCAACCGGAGAUUUCUUGAGGACCUUUUUUGUAAUGUUGUUGCUGUCAAAUUCGAUAUCUCGUCCUGGUGUUUUUUGGACGGAAACGAAGUCCCUGUUAUGUGAAGACAUUCUGUAUCAGCAACGAAAGAUAACUAGUAUUGCAGAUUUGGAUCUUCAACAAGAAGAACUUGAAAAUAUCUGUAUAUCUGAAAUUGAAAAGUUGCUACUUACCAAUGGAAGUACAACUAGCUCUUCAAAGGAACAUGAUGCUUAUGUAAAGUGUUUAACUGCCGAACAGGAAAGGAUAUAUAAAAUUGUUAUGGAAGCGAUUGAAAAAGGUGAUGGAGGUGUGUUUUUUGUAUAUGGUUAUGGUGGAACUGGAAAGACGUUUCUUUGGAAGACAUUCUCAGCUGCAUUACAAUCAAAAGGUGAAGUUGUAUUGAAUGUUGCAUCCAGUGGAAUUGCUUCACUUUUGCUGGAUGGUGGUAGAACUGCUCAUUCAAGGUUUGUAAUUCCAAUCAACAUUAAUGAGAAUUCAAUAUGUUCGAUAGAGCCUAAUACUGAGUUAGGUGAUUUAACUAAAAGAGCAACAUUGAUUAUUUGGGAUGAAGCACACAUGACUCACAAGCAUUGUUUCGAGACUCUUGAUAGAACAAUGAGAGACAUAUCACGUUCCAGUCAAUCAAACAUGCAAUCCAAGCCGUUUGGGGGGAAAGGUCAUUCUAUUUGGUAG